AUGUCAGCGACGCCGCCCGACGAUCCGUCUCAAGUGACGGGUAAGCCGUAUCAUAUCAAGAAACCACACAAGAAGACACGGACUGGCUGCGCCAACUGCAAAAAACGCAAAGUUAAGUGCAAUGAAGGCAGGCCCAGCUGCAGCGCCUGUCUGAACAGAAGAGAAAAUUGCGAGUAUCAACAGGCGAUGCCUCUACGGGUCUCGCCGCAGCCGUCUCAACGGGAUAUGCUUCUGCGGCACCCGCGGCCUCAACCUCAACAACCACACCCGCUUGCACUUCUAUCGACGCAUCUCAGAGAGUUCCAGCCGGGUUCGUUUCCUCUGCAGACGCUGCCAGGACCGUAUCCGCCUUCGGCACAAGUCCAGGAGCAGCUGUCGUCAUGGGACUCACCUCCGGUUCUCUCAACGCUUCAGCGCCUGUACCAGCCAUCCAGAUUCCAGAAACUCACAGAACCGCAGAAGCUGAAUCAGCUCGCAGAUAUAAUGGAGUAUGAAUAUGGUAUCUCUAAAGUAUUGGAGAGUCCGCAGUCCGCGAAAUAUUACUCCAGCCCGGAGCAAAUCGAGGCCAUAUACCGAUUGCGAGACAAUGCCCUUUCCGCUUUACUUGACAAGUUCGUUACCAGAAUAAAUAUUCAACCCUAUGAGCCUCAAAAGCGCGCACACCCAUUCUUUAUGCCCCAAGGUUCAGACGGCGCUACUCAGUCGCACUUUUUGCGGCAUUUCAAGUUACAUACCAGCACGUCAUUCAACGUCGAUCCUCAAGACAGGCGACACUCUGACAAUAUUCUUAGAGAGAUUGCCAUUCGCCACAGCUUUGAAUUGACAUCUCUCAUGAAUUGCGUCUUGGCAAUUUCUGCUCUCCAUAUAAAACAGAGAGAAAUCGCAGGAGAUCCUGACUUGAUAUCACGAUUGGCUGAUGAGUACUCCCAUGUUGCAACCAUGCAGUUCCUAAUGGACAUGGAGGUGGCCGACCCGGAGUCCUUCCCACAUCUUGUGAUUGCGUCCCUUCUUAUGACAGCUGUAUCGUCACGGAACUUCAGAGACGAAGAUUCGAUAUACGACCUUUUUAUCGUCAAUUGGAUGAAGUUAUGGGGCGGAAUCGGUGUCAUGAUAGAACGCAUCACAGUGCCCGGCCUCAUCAGCAGUGGUCUUUCGAAGUUGUUUUACAGACCGCCAGUCAAUCCCGGAGCGGGAUACGAGCAUGUCCCUCAAUCUCUCAAAGACCUGGUGGAGCUUUGUCCAAAUGCUGAAGGCCAUGCGAUCUACCACGAGACACUACGCUAUCUGGGUGCGCUGUAUCACACCUUGAAAGAUGGACUAAGUCCAAUGAUGAGAUUAAGGAUCAUAACAUGGGUUACCUUUAUCCCGAAAGAAUUCGUCGAACUUGCGUUGGAAAGACGCUGGAGAGCCUUGGUGAUUGUGGCGCAUUAUGCUGUAUUCAUGAAACUCACGACUCGGGUAUGGUGGAUGGAGAAUGUCGGUCAAAGAUCUAUUCAGGAUUUAGUGACCGCUCUUGGCCCCCAGAGAUCCUCUGAUAUUCAAGUGCCAAUCGCCGCGAAGGACAUUGACGAUCCUGAUCAGAUUGGCCGUUUACUGUUGAGCGAUGAAACUUGGGUACACGAACCAUCAACCAGGGCGUUCACCCCGGAAGAAAUGCUAUAUGACAGUGCUCGGGAUACUUUCGUUGACGAUAAAGGACGAGCCACCAUAGCAGAGAAUCCUGAUCUCGUUUUUAACGAAACUAUGCCAGGAGGGGUUGAUGUCGCACUCUGGCGCAGUGACCUCAGGGGCCAGCAGAUGUGA